AUGGCAGGCGGUGGUGCGAACAGCGGUAAGUUGGAGUAUCCCUUUUGUCGGUGCUGGACACGAUUCUUUGGAACAAUGAUCAAAAACGGUGUUGAUUCGCGUUCGGUGAGUAAUUUUGAGCUGAAAGCAAUCAACGACAUCGAUAAUCGAAGAUUCUGCCACGGGUUGAAGAGUUUGUUCCUGGAGUAUUGCGCAAACAGCACAAUCCAUGGAGUUAAAUACUUUGGCUGCAAGCGACGUACACUCUGCGAAAAGAUCUGGUGGGUGGUGACGUUCCUCAUUUCGGUGUACGGUUGCAGCCGGUUGAUUCAGAACAUCUAUCGCAAGUGGGAUCAAACACCGGUGAUUGUGAGUUUCAACGAGAAGAGCACUCCGGUUUGGCAGAUUCCAUUCCCCGCGGUUACCAUUUGUCCCGAAACGAAAGCCAAGGCAGAAUAUUUAAAUUUCACUACCAUGUUUCAUCAAAUUAAGAACGAAACCGACAGGGAGCAAGUGACCACGGAAAGUUGGGAUCGGUUUCGGGCAGUGUCUCAAGUUUGUGACCCACAUAUCACGGAAAACAUUCCGCUGAAUCAGACGAUCGAUCAUGAAUGCGUGAAUUGGUUGAAGAAUGUAUCCGUUUCCAAAAACGAGAUGCUGAUGUAUUGUAAAUGGCGCAAUAAAGAAAUUAUGUGCGAUGAUAGGUUUACGGAAACACUGACAGAGGAAGGGAUUUGCUAUACAUUCAAUUCAUUGGCGGCGGAUGAUUUGUUUAGACUAGAGGAACUACAUGAUGAUUAUCCGUAUCUUCAGGAGAACAGAUCGUCAACUCAGUGGACCCUGGAAAGUGGUUACCGUGACGAUGCGGAUAUCGAUACCUACCCUGUGAGGGUGCUUGGAGCAGGUGCUCGAGCCGGUUUAAACAUUCUACUGAGAUUGCAUGAAUACGAUUUGGACUAUAUUUGUCGAGGUCCCGUACAAGGAUUCAAAGUUCUACUACACACGUCCGGGGAGUAUCCUCAGGUUUCCAAUCAGUACUUCCGAGUUCCACUCCAUCAAGAGGUAAUCAUCUCGGUUAAGCCGGAGAUGAUAACCACUUCCGAAGGUUUGCGCGAUUAUGCUCCGCAUCGUCGGCAGUGCUAUUUCAACUAUGAACGUUGGCUUAAGUUCUUCAAAGUGUACACGCAGCAGAACUGCGAACUGGAAUGUAUCACCAAUUACACUCGGCUGGCUUGUGGAUGUGUGAAAUUUUCGAUGCCCCAUGACGACCGGACGGAAAUCUGCGGAUCCAGCCAGAUUGAAUGCUACAAUGCAGCCGAAAACGAGCUGCUGAGCCACGACGUGAAGCACAGUGUGAACUCGAGCUACGAUUUUCGGGCUAAAUGUGACUGUCUGCCGUCGUGCACAUCGGUACAGUAUGAUGCGGAGAUAUCGCAGGCGGAUUUUAACUGGAGGGAUCUAUUCUUGGCAUACAAGAGCCCUCAGGAUGAGUUUCCUGGAAUCCAACUGGCCCGUCUCAAAAUCUACUUCAAGGAGGCACAGUUUAUAACCUCCAAACGCAGUGAGCUGUAUGGUGUGACGGACUUCCUGGCCAACUGCGGUGGCCUGCUGGGAUUGUUUAUGGGCGUCAGCCUGCUGAGUCUGGCGGAGAUUAUCUACUUCUGUUCGAUUCGUCCCUUUACCAUUCUGAGGUUCUACUGGACCAAGCAGACUCAGCCGAGCGCACCGUUCAUCGCACCGCUGUUUGUAAUUGAGAAAUCAAAGGCGAAUUAA